AUGGACCCAGCCUCGGCAAGAACACUCCUAUUGAUAGGCUCUGGUCCCGGAAUAGGUGUGGCGGUGGCAUCCUUGUUUGCCCAAAAGCACUUUGAUCAUAUUGCCCUGUUCGCCCGGAAUCCAUCGCAACUACAAGCCGAUAAGGAGACGAUUCUAUCCUCUGCUGCAGAUGUUGGUCGCCAAGUGAAGGUCCGGACGUGGAAAGUCGACAUCAGUGAUCUGGAGCAAUUCAAGGCGGCUUUAACAGAAGUCCAGUCCUUUGGGACACUGGAAUGUGUCUAUUUCAACGCGGCUCGCGUGGGCGGAAGCAACUUCUUUGAUUUCGCUGUUGAAGAUAUCGAGUUGGAUCUGAAGGUCUCGGUUACGGCCCUCUACGUUGCUGUGCAAUGGGCCAUACCGAUCCUGGCCAGUACCAUGCAAACGAACCCAGGAAUCGGCGGCAUCAAGCCGACUAUUCUAGUGACGAGCAGUCUCUUGCCUGUUGAUCCGAUUCCGGAAUACUUUUCUUUGUCAAUGGCCAAAGCUGCACAGGCAAACCUGGUCAAGUCGCUGCAGAAAUUUGUCGCCAAGGGAACUCGCGUAGGAAUGGUUAUUGUGGGAGGCAUUAUAUCACCGGACUCGGAUUUCUUGAAUCCUAUCACCAUUGCUGAGCAAGCAUGGCAGCUAUUCAACCAAGAUGGCGCCAAUUGGAAAGCUCAGGUGAGUAUUCUGGAGGAUGGAAUUGAUUGGUGCCCACGCCUUUGA